AUGUCAGACACUAGUCAAGUACAUCAACGUUCCUCGCAAGCUGACACUGCGGCUCCGCUGUUGUGGACUCAUGUGGCCAUCAAUGGGGAUACUUCGCCACCACCUCAGGCGGUUAUCCGUCCAUUCCUCAAAGGCGUGGAACAGGAUUCCGUCUUCAUCGAUCUGACACCUAUCAAGGAUCGCAAUCUCUUGAACAAGGCUCUUCUUCAAUUCAACGAAUCCUCCAAUGCUGAAGGCAUGUAUGAAGAAUUCCUUGGAUACAGGAAACAACCUCGACACUACCUCAACCAUGCCUUCUUAGAAACCAUGUGGCUGCCCAACAGCGAAGAUCGUAAGACUCUCAUUGAAGAAGGUAUCGUUCUAGAGGAUGGCACUUUUGUGAAAGGGUUUGCCUCGUACCAUGCUGAUGCUACGAUUGUGAAACUGACCCUGGAGAAUCUCCCUUUCUUGCCUGCCCUUCAGUUGAAGGAGGAAAUGGCUGCCCGACUUUCUGCGUUCGGGGAUGUCUUGGAUCACGGCAUCUCGAGAACUGAUGGGAUCUAUCAAGGAGAAGGUUAUGCUACUCUUAAUCUAACGGUUCCUUCCAGCCCUGGUUAUGAAUGUCAAGAGUUACAUCCCGUUGGGAAAUCUUGCCCUGGUCAUCGCCAUUUGGAGAAACUCAGCCGUGUCAUUGUCUGGGAUUUGACAGCUUCGGAUCAACGAAAAGUUUUACUCCAAUGGGAUCAAAUGCCGGCUUUCUGUCGUAAUUGUCAGAGCUCUGAACACCGUCGGGCUGAUUGUCCUGACUACAAGAAGUGGGUUCGCUGCCACCAUUGCAAUGAAACUGGACAUGUGGUGAAGAACUGCAGUCGCAAUGACAGCCCAAACAAGGUCCGUGCGGUGGAAAACACUCCUGCCAAACCCCGAAAGGGCUCUCAGGUGGCCAAAGAGGGUAAACAGGGUACUCAAGGUGGCUCCAAAGUAACUCUUGGUGGUGCUCCAGUUGGAAACAAAGGUGGUGCCCAAGGAAAAGGCCAAGACGUUGCAUCUAGUGGUCCCCAAGGUGAUUCCGAUAAUCGAACUGCUGCUACCCAGCAAGGUAGCUCUCAAGGUGACGCUGAUAGUCAAACAGGUGCUAGAAAGCAGGUAGUGGAUAAAGAUGUUCAAAUGGAUGAUCUCCCAGAACUCCAAGUUAAAGAAGUCAUGGGAAAGAGGCUUCCAAUGAUAUUGUCAUGUACGACUCUUCUAUCCAUUCUGCUAAUGAACGAGAGGAGCGCCCUGAACGCCCUGCGAAGAAGAUUGUCGAGUCUUUGGACUCAACAUUGCGGCAUCAUUUCCCUCAACACUCAUUACACACUCAAACACAUCUCAGAAGGCAUUGAUGGAGGUCGAUUUAUCUUGGCUUCCCUUCAUCUUACUCGAGACUUGGAAACUUCACCCAAUUCACCACCAAUAGCAACAAUACUUAAUAUUUACGGUCGUGCGUCCGCUCACACCGACCGAUCAGCAUUCUAUUCAGAACUCAUUGACACACAAAUUGUCAAAGAUACUAUUACUAAUACAACAAGAACCACCUUUAUCAUGGGAGACUUCAACUACCAGUACAAGGAUUGUCGAGUCGAUGGCACCCUCAUCAGUGCACCAGUAGAGUGGACCGAUCUACUUGAUGACUACUUUAUUGACCUUGGUUUCAUUCCUGGUCGAUUCAUUGCUGAAAACGGAAUGAUCUGCCAGCUGCUAAUGGAAGAUGCUCAACGGAAAUGGUCCAUCGCUGAACAACAGGAAAAUGAUCCUACCUUUAGAACCUUGGAUUCUGAUAUUGGUCUUCUUCUGGACCAAGAAAAGGCAUACGAUCGGGUGAACCUGGAAUAUUUGAUGAAGGUAUUGGGGAAAUUUGGGUUUCCUCGUCCUCUUAUCAAGUGUAUCUCCAAAUUGAUGGGUGACAACCUCAUACGUAUCAACAUCAAUGGUCAUUUGUCAACUGAAGUGGCGAAACUUCGUGGAUUAAAGCAGGGGGGAUCCUCUCUCUCCUGCUACUUGAUGGGUACCGAACGAACAAAACUCCUGUGCUAUGCUGACGACGCUUUGGUGUUUAUCCAUGACUCCAAUGAUUUGACUUGGUUACAGCUCCAUAUGGCUCGUUACUGUGCUGCCUCCAACGCCAAGUUCAAUAAUGCCUAG